AUGGCGACCGAAAACCAGACAAUCGACUAUUCCCUCAACAACCCCGACACCCUCACCAAGUACAAGACGGCCGCCCAGAUCUCCGAGAAGGUCCUGGCCGACGUGUCCAAGCUCUGCGUCGCCGGUGCCAAGAUCGUCGAUCUUUGCGAACAGGGAGACAAGCUCAUCGAGGAGGAACUUGCUAAGGUUUACCGUGGCAAGAAGAUCACCAAGGGCUUCGCGCACCCCACCACCGUCUCCCCCGCUGCUUUCGUGACUCCUUACACCCCUCUCAGGUCGGACGAGAAGGAGGCUGAGGUAGAGCUCCAGGCUGGCGAGCCCGUAAAGAUCCAGCUGGGCGCCCAAAUUGACGGGUUCGGUUCCAUUGUGUGCGACACGGUUUUGGCCAAGAAGGCCGACGAGGACCAAGAUGUUAUCGAGGGUCGGUCAGCCGACCUGCUCCUGGCCACCCACUAUGCCAACGAACUCCUUCUCCGACUGAUGGUCCCCCCCGGCCUCCUAGCCCAGGGCACCGACGAGGAGAAGGCGAAGGCGGCUGCUGCCAAGGCCCCGUCGCAAUCCAAGAUCACCAGUCUCCUGGAGAAGGUCGCCGAGGCCUACGAGUGCAACAUCGUCGAGAGCACCACUUCGUGGCUCUUUGACCGGAACGAGAUCGAAGGAAGCAAAAAGAUUGUCAUUUCCCCUGGCGAAGGUACUAAGGGCGACGGUGUUCCCGCUGUUGGCGAGGCUUGGGGUGUCGAGGUGGGCGUGAGUCUUGGGUCGGGUAAGGUCAAGCAGUUCGAACAGCGGACUACCCUCCAUCGCCGCACCGCCAACACAUAUGCCCUAAAGCGGCCUACGUCCCGGAAGAUUCUGUCCGAGGUGCAGAAGAAGUUCGGUACCUUCCCGUUCAGCCUGCGGCAGCUUGAGGACGAGCGUGACGCCAAGUCUGGCGUCAUUGAAUGCGUGCGUGGCAACGUCUUCCGCCAGUAUGAGGUUACGGGCGACAAGGACAACUCCCCCGUGGCCAGGCUUCUGACCACUCUCGCAAUUACCAAAAACGGUAUUACCAAGCUGGGUGCCCCACCCGCAUUGGACCUGAGCAAGCUCAAGUCAGACAAGAAGAUCGAGGACGAGGAGGUUCUCAAGAUCCUAGAACAGCCCCUGUCUCGGAAUACGGGUAAGAACAAGAAGAACAAGAAGAAGAAGAAGCCGGCCAAGAAGGCAGCGGCGAAGGAGGGAGGAGACGACGAGGAAGAAGAGAGCGACGAGGAGUAG